UCCUCUUCCUCCUCCCCGUCAGAACGUGCCCUCCUCUUCAGAGUUGCUGCUCCUCACAACUCCCCCUCCACCUCAGAGUGAAUCCUCCUGAGUUGCCCUUUUUCCUCGAGCUCCUACUCCUCCUGUUCCUGCGAGGCUCCAGACACCUCUUGCCUCUCCUCGGCUGAGUUUCAGAACGCACCGGUAAAGGUAGCUGGAGUUAGGAUUGAGAAGUGUUUCCAAAGAAACCCAAAGAGCAGCCGGGCAGCCAUGAGACUGCCGACCGGGGCUGAACUGUGGCCCAUAGCCAUAUUCACGGUCAUCUUCCUGAUUCUGGUGAACCUGAUGCACUGGCGCCAGCGCUGGACUGCCCACUACCCUCCAGGCCCUAUGCCGUGGCCUGUGCUUGGGAACCUGCUGCACAUGGACUUCCAGAAUAUGCCAGCAGGCUUCCAAAAGCUGCGGGGUCGCUAUGGGGACCUGUUCAGCCUACAGCUGGCCUCUGAGUCAGUGGUUGUACUAAAUGGGCUGACGGCCCUGCGAGAGGCACUGGUGAAACACAGCGAGGACACUGCUGACCGGCCACCGCUGCAUUUCAAUGACCUGCUGGGCUUUGGACCACGCUCUCAAGGUAUAGUCCUAGCACGGUAUGGGCCUGCCUGGCGUCAGCAGCGGCGCUUCUCUGUGUCUACCAUGCACCACUUUGGCCUGGGCAAGAAGUCACUGGAGCAGUGGGUGACUGAGGAGGCCAGAUGCCUCUGUGCCGCCUUCGCUGACCAUACUGGACACCCUUUCAGCCCUAACACCCUAUUGGACAAAGCAGUGUGUAACGUGAUCGCGUCCCUCCUCUAUGCCUGCCGCUUUGAGUACGAUGACCCACGCUUCAUCAGGCUACUGGGCUUGUUGAAGGAAACUCUUAAGGAGGAAGCUGGAUUCCUACCCAUGUUCCUGAAUGUGUUCCCGAUGCUCCUGCGCAUCCCGGGGCUGGUUGGCAAGGUCUUCCCUGGGAAAAGGGCCUUUGUUACCAUGUUGGAUGAGCUGCUGGCUGAACACAAGACGACCUGGGACCCUACCCAGCCACCCCGAGAUUUGACUGAUGCCUUCCUGGCUGAGGUGGAGAAGGCCAAGGGGAAUCCUGAGAGCAGCUUCAAUGAUGAGAACCUGCGCACGGUAGUGGGUGACCUGUUCUCUGCAGGGAUGGUGACCACCUCAACCACACUGUCCUGGGCCCUGAUGCUCAUGAUCCUGCAUCCAGAUGUGCAGCGCCGAGUACAACAGGAAAUCGAUGAAGUCAUAGGGCAGGUGCAGUGUCCAGAGAUGGCAGACCAGGCUCGCAUGCCCUACACCAAUGCUGUCAUUCAUGAGGUGCAGCGCUUUGCAGACAUUCUCCCUCUUGGUGUACCUCACAAGACUUCUCGUGACAUUGAACUACAGGGCUUCCUUAUCCCUAAGGGGACGACCCUCAUCACCAACCUGUCCUCCGCGCUAAAAGAUGAGACUGUCUGGGAGAAGCCCCUCUGCUUCCAUCCUGAACACUUCCUGGAUGCCCAGGGCCACUUUGUGAAGCCUGAGGCCUUCAUGCCAUUCUCAGCAGGCCGCAGAUCAUGCCUGGGGGAGCCCCUGGCCCGCAUGGAGCUCUUCCUCUUCUUCACCUGCCUCCUGCAGCGCUUUAGCAUCUCAGUGCCCGAUGGACAGCCCCAGCCCAGCGACCAUGGCGUCUUUAGGGCUCUGACAACCCCAUGCCCCUACCAGCUCUGUGCUUUGCCCCGCUAAGAGGAUGUAUGACAUCUCACUCACUGUGCUUGCUGGGGUCCUAAUGUGCAAUAAAGCAUUUUACUCUAAACUAAAUCAUCCCUAUGAGAUCUCCUGGCUGUAAGGGACCUAGGCAGCCUUCCCAUGAGCAUCCACUUUCCCUGCUUAUUCUGACUUGACUAUUUGACCCCAGUAGAAGGACUGCCCUGUCAGAAAUGAUACCAUUCUUGCCUUUACCCUUCCCCCACUUUUUCCCUCAAAUUGAUAAUGUUUAUACAUAGAUGCCAACGUCUGGAAGGAUGGCCAGAAGGGACUGCUAAGAUGUGACAGUGUAAGUUACAUAGAUGAAGGAAGGGCAGGACCUCUCUCUCCUAGAUGCCCCCAUUUCAGACCUACCACACAACCAAGACUAGCUGCUUAGCCAGCAUCAUCACAACGUCUUAUAUGGCAUCCCCAAAGAUGUAGAGAAGUCCGGGAAGCUGGAAAUGAUAUGCAGGUUAAGUGCCUAAGGUUUCCUGUUGGGUACCACAUGCUUCUCUAAAAGGCUUUAAGGGAGUCCAGAAGCAGGGGUUUACCUCCUAAGCUUCUUUGUCAACACUAACUCCAUGACCCAACAGGGAUACUGUUGUCCAGGCCCAUGCCCAGUAAGAAAGUGCCUCUGUAACCAGGGUUGGUAGGACCUGCAAGCUUGAUGUUGAAACAGGCUCCCAGACCUUAGAAAGUCCUCAGACCUUAGCACAGCUGAGUCCAUGAUGGAAGUACCAUAAAACUCUGCACAUAGACAGCAGUUCCUGUCAUAAUGAAAACAAAGACCUAAUCCAUCAAAUUCCAUAGUUCUGGGAAAGUCCCUAAAAGUAGUAAUCUUGCUUUUUGACUUCGAUAGUUCUUCUAGCUAACUGUUCUUGCUAACUGAAGUGUGUCAAUACAUGAUAUAGUUGUUGGUAAAAGCUCACCCUGAGUACAGCUCAGGACUAUACUGGGAUUCUGAGCACCCAGUGUUGUCACCAGCCAGCUAAUAAAGCUUCUAUUGGCUUAAAUCUA